AUGGCCCGACAUUCCCCGCAUGACGUGGCGAUCGACACCAAUGCGCGACUGCACGUGGGGCACCUCACCCGCAAUGUGACCACCGCGCACGUCCGCGAGAUCUUCGGCACCUUUGGCGAGCUUAAAGAGGUGGAGGUGGCCGUGGACCGCGCCGUCAACCUGCCCAGGGGCUUUGCGUAUGUGGAGUACAAGAGCCAUGAGGACGCGGAGAAGGCCCGGGAUCACAUGGACGGCGGCCAGCUGGACGGCAACCUCGUCACCGCCUUCGCCCGGCCCCCGGCGAGACCGGUUCCCAAGCCCUGCCAGGCGCGGCGGGCGCAGCCGCAGCCCGCCGCGCAGACGCCCCGCAUCGCGGUCGCCCGCCGGACGGCCGCCGUACCGCCGAGCAUCCCCGCCCCGGCCGCGCCGCUCGCGCUCGCCGCCACGCCGGAGGUCGCCGGCGCAGCUGAUGUUUGCGCCGGCUCAGAGGCUGGGGUGAAAGAAAAGUGA